GGCAUCGAAGGAGGGACAGGAGCUCGGGGAGGGAGGGAGCAAGCAAGCAAGUGACGGAGAGUCGGGCGGGCGGCCGACAAGGGCAGCGCAGCAGCCGCUGCUGCUGCCGCCGGUGACAGGAGCCCGCCGGACUCGGCUGCUCGGCGCCUCGCAGGGGGGCUGUGCCCAACUUUGUGGCUGGACUUGGAGCGGGGGAGGUUGCGGGGGACCUCAGAAUGAGCCGCCAGCAGGGGAGUGUGUGGUUGGUGGUGGUGGCUUCACUCCUUCACGCAUCCCUGCAAGGAGAGUUCCAGAGGAAGCUCUAUAAGGAACUGCUCAAGAAUUACAACCCCUUGGAAAGACCGGUCGCCAACGACUCCCAGCCGCUCACAGUCUACUUCUCCCUGAGCCUUCUGCAAAUUAUGGACGUGGAUGAAAAGAAUCAAGUUUUAACCACCAAUAUUUGGCUGCAAAUGUAUUGGACAGAUUACUAUUUACAAUGGAAUGUGUCUGAAUACCCGGGUGUGAAGAAUGUUCGCUUUCCGGAUGGCCAGAUUUGGAAACCAGAUAUUCUUCUAUAUAACAGUGCUGAUGAGCGAUUUGAUGCUACAUUUCAUACCAAUGUUUUAGUGAAUUCUUCAGGACAUUGUCAAUACCUCCCUCCAGGCAUAUUCAAGAGCUCAUGCUACAUCGAUGUGCGUUGGUUUCCCUUUGAUGUUCAACAGUGUAAACUGAAGUUUGGGUCAUGGUCCUAUGGAGGUUGGUCCCUGGAUUUGCAGAUGCAAGAAGCAGACAUUUCUGGCUAUAUCUCAAAUGGAGAAUGGGAUCUAGUUGAAAUUCCUGGAAAGAGGAAUGAAAGGUUUUAUGAUUGCUGUAAAGAACCGUACCCAGAUGUAACAUUUACCGUGACCAUGAGACGAAGGACGCUCUAUUAUGGCCUUAAUCUUCUCAUCCCGUGCGUGCUGAUAUCUGCACUCGCCCUAUUAGUGUUUUUGCUUCCUGCAGACUCUGGAGAGAAAAUUUCACUUGGGAUAACGGUUUUACUAUCUCUCACUGUCUUCAUGCUGCUCGUGGCAGAAAUCAUGCCUGCAACUUCUGAUUCAGUGCCAUUAAUAGCUCAGUAUUUUGCCAGCACCAUGAUCAUUGUUGGUUUUUCUGUUGUGGUGACGGUCAUCGUUUUGCAAUAUCACCACCAUGAUCCUGAUGGCGGGAAAAUGCCAAAGUGGACCAGAAUCAUCCUUCUGAAUUGGUGCGCCUGGUUUCUGAGAAUGAAACGGCCAGGAGAGGACAAGGUUCGCCCCGCCUGCCAGCACAAGCAGCACCGAUGUAGCCUGACCAGCGUGGAGCUCAAUGCCAUGUCAGGGCAGCCAACCAGUAACGGCAACAUGCUCUACAUUGGCUUCCGUGGACUAGAGGGGACGCACUGCGUGCCUGCUAGUGACUCUGGGGUUAUCUGUGGUAGGAUGACUUGUUCUCCCACCGAGGAGGAGAAUCUCCUUCACAGUGGGCACACCUCUGAGGGGGACCCAGACCUGGCUAAGAUCUUGGAGGAGGUCCGCUACAUUGCAAACCGAUUUCGUGACCAGGAUGAGGAGGAAGCUGUUUGCAAUGAGUGGAAGUUUGCAGCCUGUGUGGUGGAUCGCCUGUGCCUGAUGGCUUUUUCAGUCUUCACCAUCAUCUGCACCAUUGGGAUCUUGAUGUCCGCGCCAAACUUUGUCGAGGCUGUGUCUAAAGAUUUUGCUUAACCUAGCACUGGUUUUGAUCCUGUAAUGCUUGCUAUAUAGGGAUUAUAUGGGGAGAACUCUGUUUGGCUUUGGUGGGACUUUGGGGUGCUAAUCCCAUAACAACAUCAGAUGUAUCAUUGUUAUCAUUAGUGUUGUUACUUGCAAUUUCUCAUUUGUAAUACAAUGAUGAUGGAGUUUAUCCUAUCAGGUAGUCUAACAUGUACAAUCAGAGACCUUUUUAGGGCUGGAAGGGAUUGGGCUUUUUAGGCUGGAUGGGAUCUAGUCAUUUUGUUGACUUCCCUGUAAAAUAACACUUGAAAUAUCCUACACAUCUUAAGUAUCAAUCCCAUAUUUCAAGAUGACCAAGACUAAAAGUUCCUUGACCGGUAUUGUUGUUAAUGCAUGUCUGCAUGUCAGUUGCCCCAAAGGUUUAAAAUGACUACAUACAAACUGGUUUGAAAAGAAAUCUAAA